CUAAAUCUCCAUGUAGCCAUAUAUAGUAGAGACGCAGUACAUUAGAUGUUUUAGCCCAGAUAUUCGCCUGGGAUUUGGACGCUUACUUCUUUGUUGCCCUUACAAUAUUUCCUCCUUUUGGUCCUCCAGGCUUUCUGCUGACUGUGCACAGUUUAGUGGACUCCUUUAUUGCCAUUUCGUGACUUCACACCUCGAGGUCGGACGGUUAUCCCCAUGGAGGGAUCAGCGCAGCACGGCACACGUUAGCACAUAAAACACACCAGUUCGAGGCAAAAAUGACCCAGGAUAACAUUCCUCUUACCUAUGCUACCGCAUAUUCCGCAACGACGACGGAGGCAUCCGAAUUGUCAACAGCUUGUUCGACUGUCCCAACGAGAUAUCUUUAGUGUCACUGACGAAAGGUAGUGGAUUCUGCCUGACACGUCUGAUCGUUUCCAAAAUCAUAUCCAGUUGCUUGAGUAAUUACUAUUUGGCGCAUAAAGUACAUCCGCUAGACGCUGGGGCAAAAAUGAGCCAGACUAAUAUUCCUUCUACCUGUGCUACCGCGUACUCUGCAACAACCACGGAAGCAUCCGCUUGGUCGACUGUACCAAAUUUUGUUAUGGACACCGCAAACGACAGUACGCCGGCGUUUGACAACGGCACCGAACUGGAAGCGAGCUUGCUGCCGGUGACUGACAUCUGCGUUGCCGAAGUGUUCGCCACUGGGUUCGGUCUCAUCAGCACCGUGGGGACCUUCGGGAACCUUCUGGUCAUCACGUCUCUACUCGUCAACAAGAAGCUCCGCACGUCACUCAACGCCUUCAUCACGAGCAUGGCGAUAGGAGACCUUAUCUUCGCCGGCGUCCACGAGCCCCUCUCGGCCCGGGCCCUGGCGAUAGGCGGCCUGACCUACCGACCGGGGCUCUGCACGGCCCUCGGGGCUGCGACCGUGGCGAGCGCCAGCCAGUCGCUCAUAGCGUCCGUCCUGAUAGCCCUCAACCGCUUCAUCCUCAUCGAGUAUCCCCACACGGUUUACAAGAAGGUGUUCACGCCGUGUAACACUUUCUUCAUGAUCGUCGGGUCGUGGACACUGUCCGCUUUGGUGGUCCUACCCCCGCUACUUGGGUUCGGCGAGCUCGGGUACAAUCGCGCCUCCUCCAUAUGCGACUUCGCCGUGGACAACCCCUCCACCUUCACCUACUUCAUGACCAUCCCCGGCGUCUUGGUCUUCCUCUCCAACGGCGUCACCGUCUUCUGCUACUUCAAGAUCUACCAGAAGGUGAAGCAGAGCUCCGCCAAGGCGCACCGAGGUCCGGGACCCAACAACAAAGGCCGCCAGGUUCCAGGGAAAGUGCUGAAGCAGACCAAGCACAUGUUCGUGAUGUUCGUGACCUUCUGCGUCUGUACCACGCCCUACUCCAUCUUCUACAUGCUGGACCGGGACAUGGCGCUGUCGCCGUGCCUGUGGCAGGGCCUGACGUUCCUGUUCGGCUGUAACAGCUCCAUCAACCCCAUCAUCCACACGUGCCGUAGCCGGGAGUACAGGGAAGCCUUUUGGUACAUCAUCUGCUGCGGCAGGACGAGACCAGCCCACAAGAUGACCGCGCCCAAAAGGAUCGCCGUGGAGGAGAUGAACCCAGUCAACCGCACGGCUCCUCCCGAGGUGCUGGCCAGCCCGCCGUCAGGGUCGACAGACACCAGCCCCCUCCAGCAACAGCUGAAAAAAAUCUCGGUCACUCACACGUCAGGACAGCCGGUGUCCUGCCAUCAGACUGGACACAAGAGUCGCGGUACUGUGGUUGUGCAAGACCUUCCGGGGGUCAGCGUGUGAGUUAAAGUGAAAUGGAUUCAAAGUGAUCUUGAACCAGUUCAGCUCAACAGAACUCAUCAGUUGAUAGGCCAAUUUAGCACUGGUCAUGACAGAGAUGACAGUCGCGGUGUACCGACUUUAGAGGUUCGUUGUACCA